AUGCCUCUUUUCGAUACUAUCUAUCAUACUUAUAAACAUCGUUGGAAUGAUAUUUCAUUGGCGAGUUGGAGAAAAUACCCUUGCCCAGAUCGUCCAGAUGUACUCAGUGUUGACAUGUUGACAAAGGACUUGGAUCCAGUCACUGGUGUUUUGAAAUGCACCAGACUGAUGAUUUGCAAGGGUUCAAUGCCAUCAUGGCUGGUGCCCAUACUCGGUAGCAAUGAGUGUUUCUUCUACGAAGAGGCCAUCGUCGAUCCAAAGACUCAGACAAUGGUGCUCAAGUCAAAGAACCUCUCAUUCUCCAAUAUAUUGGGCCUCGAGGAGGUCUGCACCUACACACCAGACCCCAACAACAAUGAAUGGACACACUUUAAGCAGGAGGCCACCGUCACUGCCAGUAUCUUUGGCGUGGCAAAGAAGGUGGAGUCAUUCUGUUUGGACAAGUUUAAGGCAAACGCACAAAAGGGACGCAAUGUCAUGGAGCAAGCCAUCCUCAAGGUGAAGCGAGAGGCUGAGGAAUUGGAGCAGACAAUCGACAAGGCAAUCACUACAGUCGUACACGAGGCCGAGGAGGGACUGCAAUCAAUCGACAAGAUCAUCACACACGCCAAACUCGAGGCUGAGGAGGGUCUACAGACAAUCGACAAGAUGAUCACCACGGUCAAGAAUGAGGCCGAGGGUAGUCUGGCGCAACUGGAAGCCAAGUUGGACAAGUCACUGCUACUCACCAAGCAGCCCAGCAGCAUCGAAGACAGGAUAUUCGAUUUCGACAAGACUCUACUCAACUUUAGACGCGAGAACCUUGGUCUUGGCUUUCACUCCAAAGGCCGUGUAUCACUCUUCAGUGCUAACCUGAAG